AUGUUACAAAAGUAAUUUGAGGAGGAGGAGGAGAGGAGCAAAGAAUUCUUGGCCAAGUUGAACUAAAUUAAAAAGGUAACGUUAUCAUUUCAAGGUUAAAGGUGUCUAAGGACAUGAAAAACAAGAAUGUUCAAUCAGUUUAAAGGUAGGAAUGGUCGAAGGAGUAUUUGCAAUUGAUGAAAGUGGAGAGAAUGCUCAAUAUUGAUUUGGAGUCGAAGUUACUUCUCUUGGAGAUCCAAUCAGACUUGCCCAAGUUUUGUUUAGCUGCUCUUCUGGAGUAGGGAGUUCAAAAUUACAAAUAAGUCAAAGAUGAGUUGAUUUAUCAAUUACAAAAUUUAAAGAAGAUUCAACUUUAACUGAGGAAAGAAUAAUUGCCUCGAUUGGAUAAGAAGACUAAUAGCGAGAGCUCUUAAUUUAAGGAAUUGGCAUUAUCAUUUAAAGAUUACUUACAAUAGAUGAUUUCUAAAUUGGAAGUAGAAUAUUAAAAAGAAUCUACAAUAGUCGAUGAGGAGAACGAAGAAACCUUGGAUAUGCAACAAUGCAAUGUGGCUAUAUGCAAUUCAUUUCGGUCCAGAAUUGAGCAAGAAUAUUUGAAUGACAGUAUUGUAAUGUUAAUCAAAACCAUUUAGAAUUGAUCUUAUAUGCCUAAAAUUGUGAUGAUGAAGAGUUGGAGAUUCUUGAAAAUUACGCCAAGGCUUUAGAAUACCUGUACGAGAGGUAUCAAUUGGAAAUACAGAAACUGACUCCGAAAGAGAGGAUCGAAGUAAGCGAGGAGAUGCUAUAUCUGGGAUCAUCAAACAGCUUACACAGUAUGUAAAGGUUGAUGCUCCAUUUCCCGAAGAAGAGUCGUCCUGAGUUGCAGGAGGUGGUCGAUUACAUCAGAAAACAAAAGGAUAUCAACAAGAGAUUGACAAUUUUAUAGCGCAAUUGGAAGAUUGAAUAUUCAGUACUCUAUUUGUCUGAAGUUAUAGCAAUUAUAAAAUAAAUCGGAACAGUUGCUGAAUGAUAUGCAAUAGAAUAAAAUUCAAAAAAACCAGAGAUGGAUGGAGUACUUAUAAUUGAAGCAACAGAGAAUCAGAAUAGCAGAAGAACUAGAGGAGAAGUAACCAUAUAUAUCAUAAUGAAACUAGACGUGUUGAAUACGAGAAAAAAUAAUUAAUUUUAUAAUAACAGAAAGAGGAGGAGAGAGAAUAAUAGGAAUAAUUGGAUUAGGCUAAGCAUGAUGAAUGGUUGAAACACAAAGCUGAAAUUGCAGAAAUUGCUCUGACAUACCAGGCAGAGAAGGAGUAGAAGAGACAAUAGUUCUUGAUCUAGUAGCAAUAGCAAGCAGAGGUGGUGAAGAAAUAGCAAUUACAACAAAUCGAAUAGGCAAAACCACGAGUGCAAUAAAGACAGGAGAAGGAGGUAGUCAAACGGGAGGAUAAAAAAUUGAAGUAGGAGAUUAAGAAGCAGGAACCUGAAAUGAAGGCUCAGAGAAUCGAGGAUGCCAUAAACAGAUACAGUAUCAGACCAAAUGUUGAUAAGGAUUUUCAGAGGCUAAUCAGCGAGACUGAGACGAGGCAAUUGCGAAAACAAACGAAAUACGAUAAGGCGGAUAAAAUUCCUUUAGUAAUCAUAUCAAUUAUUGUGCAAAGUCCAAUGUUACCGGAUUUAACAUCAAUUAACUAAUGUCGGACAUGAGGUAUCGAUUGCAAGUGGCUUUGAAUGAUGCAGGUCUGGGGUAGACAGCUUAUGCUCGUGAAGUUAUUUUGGGUAUGAGCAAGCCACAAUGAAAAAUAUAUAAUAAAUAAGUGUGGUUUGGUG